AUGAAGUUGCAGGAGGACAGCGUUAACGCAGAGAUGUGGUUGACCACAGCGGAGGCUGCUAGCCUCGGUGCCGAGGAAGUCGCGGCCAAGUUCCAGGUUGACACGAGAACUGGGCUCUGGUGGCAAGAAGCCGAUGCACGUAGACAGAGAUACGGAUUUAAUGAGCUUACUGUCAAAGAAGAUGAUCCCACGUGGAAGAAGUAUAUUGAACAGUUUAAAAAUCCGCUGAUUUUAUUACUACUUGGCUCGGCACUUGUAAGUGUCUGUAUGAGACAAUUUGACGACGCCAUCAGUAUCACGGCCUACCACCGACAUGUCAUUGCGCGAAGCCUAGUCCCCGGCGACAUAGUAUUCCUCAACAUCGGCGACCGAGUCCCAGCAGACAUCCGAAUCUUCGAAGCAAUCGACCUGGCCAUCGACGAGUCCAGCUUCACCGGCGAAACCGAACCAUCUCAAAAAUCUACCGCUCCCCUCCUAAAAAGCAAUGGCCACACCUCCAAGCGCAACAUCGCAUUCAUGGGCACCCUAGUCCGUUGCGGCAACGGCAAGGGCAUCGUCAUCAACACCGGAGAAAAAUCCGAGUUCGGAGAAGUCUUCGCAAUGAUGCAAGCCGAAGAAGCCCCCAAGACUCCCCUGCAGCGUAGCAUGGACAUCCUGGGCACCCAGCUGUCCUUCUACAGCUUCUGCAUAAUCGGAGUAAUAAUGCUCCUCGGCUGGCUGCAAAACCGCAAGUUACUGGAGAUGCUGACCAUCGGAGUGUCUCUAGCAGUAGCAGCGAUUCCCGAAGGGCUGCCCAUUGUAGUAACAGUGACCCUGGCCCUCGGAGUGAUGCGGAUGGCCAAGCGGAAAGCGAUUGUCAAGAAGCUGCCCACUGUAGAGACUCUGGGAUGUGUUAAUGUAAUCUGCUCGGACAAAACCGGGACUAUCACCAAGAACGAGAUGACCGCUACGAUUCUGGUCACUCCCGAGGGGUAUGUGGCGGACAUUACUGGCACCGGGUACAAUGACCAGGGCGAAGUUCGCAUCAGGAAGUGCGACAACGUCGAAUUAGCGCGGGCAGCGGUCAGCAGUCUUCUAGAAGUCGGGUCAGUUUGUAACAAUGCAAUUCUUCAGAACGAUAUUCUGCUUGGGCAGCCAACAGAGGGCGCUCUAGCUGCUGCUGCGAUGAAGUUCGGGAUGUACGGGGCAGCUGAGAAGUACCUUAGGCUUCAAGAGUAUCCUUUUUCUUCUGAGCAGAAAAUGAUGGCCGUAAAAUGCGCUCCCAAGUACACUGAAGACAGAGAAGAAAUUUUUUUUGCCAAAGGAGCGAUUGAAAAAAUUCUAGCACAGUGCACCAAAUAUUCGGCCAAUGGGCAGCUCUACCCGCUGAACCAGAAGAAAGAGAAGGAGUUUGCGACAGAAGCUUACGAAAUUGGGCAGCAAGGCUUGAGAGUGAUCGGGCUGGCCCGUGGAUCCUCGCUCCAAGACCUGGUUUAUGUUGGCUUGAUAGGAAUCUGUGAUCCUCCUAGAGAAGGGGUCAGAGAUGCUAUUUCUCUGCUGCUUAAUAGUGGGGUCAAGGUCAAGAUGGUCACUGGGGAUGCUAAGGAGACUGCGGGAGCCAUUGCGACGAUGAUUGGGCUGGACACCAUGCACAUGAGGCUCAUUUCUGGGGAUAAGAUUGACACUAUGACUGAGGAUGAGCUCCAGGAGGUCAUUGAUAAUGUCAGUGUCUUUUAUAGGGUCACUCCUAAACACAAGCUGGCCAUUGUUAAGGCCCUGCAGAGAAACGGGAAUAUUGUAGGGAUGACUGGAGAUGGCGUUAAUGAUGGAGUAGCGCUUAAAAAAGCGGAUAUUGGAAUUGCGAUGGGGAAAAAUGGAACGGAUGUUUGUAAGGAAGCGGCGGAUAUGAUUUUAGUUGAUGAUGAUUUUAAUACGAUCAUUUCGGCGAUUGAAGAGGGCAAGGGGAUUUUUUAUAAUAUUAGGAAUUUUGUGAGGUUUCAAUUGAGUACUACAGCUAUUAUUAUCCUAGGAACGCUCUGGGUAUAUAAUCGCGAGAUGACCUCCAAUGGAAUUACAGCGCGAGACACCACUAUGACAUUCACGUGUUUUGUUUUCUUUGACAUGUUUAAUGCCCUUAGUUGCCGAUCACAAACGAAAUCAAUUUUCAGCAUCGGGUUGUUGAGUAAUAGGAUGUUUUUAAUUGCUGUAACUUUGUCUAUUGUUGGACAAAUGCUUGUUGUAUAUUUUCCACCGUUGCAAAAAUGGGAGCGAAGACGAACAUCAGGCUGGAAUUACCAGGAGAAGAAGAAGACAGUUUCAAAAGUUAAAAAAGGGAAAAAAGUUCGUGGAAAAAAGUAA